ACCCCAACACCCUGAACAGAGUUCAUAAGUGUAAGUUUUGAUCAUGGCUAAGAAUGAUGUGAAGCUUAUAGGAGCAUGGCCGAGCCCAUUUGUGUUGAGGGCUCGUAUUGCCUUGAACGUCAAGUCUGUAGAGUACGAGUUUCUUCAGGAGACAUUGGGAACCAAGAGUGAGCUUCUGCUCAAAUCGAACCCUGUUCACAAGAAAAUCCCUGUUCUGAUUCAUAAUGACAAACCCAUCUGUGAAUCUCUUAUCAUUGUGGAGUACAUCGACGAGGCUUGGGCCUCUGGCCCGUCCAUCCUGCCUUCUGAUCCCUACGACCGCGCCAUUGCCAGAUUCUGGGCUGCUUAUAUCGAUGAGAAGUGGUUCCCGGCGAUGAAAGGCAUCGCUGCCGCUACAGAUGACGAGGCGAGGAAGGCAGCAGUGGGGCAAGUGGCAGAAGGUCUAGCGCUGUUGGAGGAAGCAUUUCAAAAGAUCAGCAAAGGAAAGAGUUUCUUUGGGGGAGAUCACAUUGGUUACCUUGACAUUGCAUUUGGGGGACUUUUGGGGUGGUUUAGAGUGACUGAGGGAAUGGGUGGGAUCAAGCUGAUUAACGAAACAAAGACGCCGGGGUUGCUAAAAUGGGCUGAGAAGUUUGCUGCAGAUCCUGCCGUGAAAGAUGUUCUGCCAGAGAUAGAGAAGCUUACUGAGUUUAGUAAGGUUAUUGUAGCCAAAUUAAGAGCGGCUGCAACUUCUGGGGCAAAGUAAUUAAUCUAGUGUUCAAUGUUUGUCAUUGUUGUGUGAACUGUAGCAGUAUUUUGUGUUUAUUAUGAGAAAUAAUCAAGACCUGAAAAGGGUCUUUACAUUUUCAGAACUUCUUAUGUAAAAACUAAAAAACUUUGCUGUCAGUUAUGAAAUUGAAUGGUGAAACAGAGGCUGGUGUCGGAAUUGUAUUA